UCUCUUUGAUAUUUGCUGUUGGAUUGCAGGGAGAAGAGAAGAGAAACAUGUCAUCAAGGCGAGAGAGCAGAGAUUCAGAGUCCAAACGAGAUCGUUCUAUAUUCGAUCGCGAAUCCAGCCCUAAGAGGUCCAGGAGAGAUGGGAAACCUGAAGAACUUGGUGGUACUGACACAUAUGAGAAACCACGCCAGACCCUGAGAGAUGCUGUGCCACUGGAGCCUGAUACUCAGGGUUUCAGAAAAGAUGGUGAAAAGAAGCACUCUGAGACGACCAAACAAGCUCCCCAUCUUUCUGAAGGGCUUCGUUCUAGACCAUACCAUCAGCAUGAUGUUCGUCGUACUACUGGGAGAGAUGACAGAAGACCCACUUCUGAGAGAGGAUCAUGGAGAGGUUCAAGAGAUCAGAGCAGUCGAAGAGCUGGAGAUGAUCGUAGAGACCAAGACAAAAGCACCUGGCGACACGACAGGUUCCAUGAGAGUGACGACAUCAAAGGAGCACUCUCCAGGAAACGCCCUGCCUUCAGGGAGAAGAAGAUUCCAGGGGAAUCUAGGAACAAUACAAACAGAACAAGAACUGAGGAUGCAAAAGACACAAACCUAAACAAUCGCAGACAGAACGAGAGAAACUGGAGGAGCAACAAUGAGAGACCAGCAACGGGAAGAGACAGGGUGUGGAACAGAGAUGAUGGAAGCAGACAGAGUUACCGAACUGAUAGAGAUGGAUUCAACAGAAAUGGACGAACUGGGUUAAAUGGAAGCUGGACAAGGGCUGAGAAGAAAUGGGACCAUGACUUGUACGAGGAGGCGAACAAGAGUCCUGCUACAGCCAACGAGGAAGAACAGAUUGCAAAGGUCGAAGCUUUGUUGUCUUCUUCUUAAAGCUUGAAUAUUGUCAUGUUUCUUGGUGUGGAUUUGCAUCCAAACUUGUUAAUGUCUUAGUUUUGCAAGUGUAGAAGAUAAUCUCUGAGUUUAUAUAAUGAAAACUCUGUUCUAUUUUCCAGCAAAGACUCAUCUGUUUCAACAGAACCGGUAUUAAACACUGUAAACCGGAUUAUUCUU